CUGAUGACUUUAUUGGUUGAAGGCGCAGUUGCAUUACAUUAUAGGAUUCAUUAUUUUACAAUCCAAUACAAUAUAUAUUUAUUUUCUUUUUAUCUAGGUAUUUAGUAAUUAUCUAUAAUAAAUAGGUACCUAUCUAUUUGAUAACAAUAAUAUUAAAAUUAGCAUAAUUUAUUUCUUGUCAGAAACACUGAUUAAUACAUUUUUAUUUUUGUAUAAACACCUCUUGCAUCAGUUAAACAACUACAAUGGCAAAUUGUAAAAAACAAUGUGGACCUGGAUACAAAAGUCCCCUAGAUGCAUUUAUUAAUGGAAAACGAGAAACUAUUUUGUACACUAUAUGUAUUCAACCAAAUGCAUCAACAAAAAAAAAAUCUGAUUAUUUGGCUACUGUUGAUGUAAACCCAAAUAGCCCUACAUAUUCUCAAGUUAUCUUUAGAACAAGUUUUGAAAAUUUUGGUGAUGAACUACAUCAUUUUGGAUGGAACACUUGUAGUAGUUGUUAUGAUGAUUGUACAAAAAGCAGAAAUAAAGUAAUUUUACCUUCUUUAGGAUCUGAUCGAAUUUAUGUUUUGGAUGUGACAAAUGAAAAAGCUCCUAAGUUGCAUAAAACUAUUGAACCCAGUGAAGUCCAUGCUUUAAAUGUAUCGGCUUUACAUACAACUCAUUGUUUACCUAAUGGUAAUGUUAUGAUUUCAACAAUGGGUGAUGCUGAAGGUAAUGGGAAAGGUGACUUUUUAUUGAUAGAUGCUGAGGAAGGAAUAGUCAAAGAAACAUGGACAAAAGGCAACCCGGCAAAAUUUGGAUAUGAUUUUUGGUAUCAGCCAUAUUGGAAUGUUUUAGUAUCAUCUGAAUGGGGGACACCUAAAGAUUUCAAAACCGGUUUUCAUCCUGAUCAUAUUAAUAAUAUUGAAAAAUAUGGACGGUCUUUAAAUUUUUAUUCUUGGUCUGAAAGAACAUUAUUGCAAACUAUUGAUUUGGGUACAGACGGCAUAGCUCCUUUAGAAAUAAGAUUCUUGCACAAUCCUAAAGCUUCUGAAGGAUUUGUUGGCUGUGCAGUAAAUAGCAAUGUUUUUAGAUUUUUCCGUACUGAUGAUGGUACUUGGGAUUCUGAAAAAGUGAUAUCAGUACCUAAAAAAACCGUAAAAGAUUCUAAUGGAUUAAAAGAAAUUUCGGGAAUGAUCACAGAUAUUUUGAUAUCUUUGGAUGAUAAAUAUCUAUAUUUUUCUAAUUGGUUGCAUGGAGAUGUCAGGCAAUAUGAUAUAACAAAUACAAGUAAACCAAAACUAGUUGGCCAAAUUUUUUUAGGUGGAUUAUUGUUGAAAGAUGGAUUAUUAACUGUUGUAAAAGACUCUGAGCUUAAAGAACAACCAGAGCCUGUGUAUAUCAAAGAAAGACGGUUGUUUGGUUCACCUCAAAUGCUUCAGUUAAGCUUAGAUGGAAAAAGGCUAUAUGUAACUACUUCUUUAUUUACACCAUGGGAUAAACAGUUCUAUCCAGAAGCUGUGAAACAUGGAUCUACGUUAGUUAAACUCGAUGUGGAUACUAUUAAUGGAGGUUUAUCUUUGGACCAGGACUUUUUGGUAGAUUUUGGGAAAGAACCAGAUGGUCCUAUCAUGGCACACGAAACAAGGUAUCCAGGAGGUGAUUGUACUUCAGACAUUUGGUUAGCUGAAGAUUAGAAACUAAUAUAUUAAUAAGUAAAAUGCCUAAUACAUUAGCAUUAAUUUUAUUUUGGUAAUUGAAGGAUAUGCAAUUUGUAUCUACUAUAGUUAGAAUAACACAAAAUAUGUAAUAGGUAUUGCAGUAAAUUAUUAAUUUAUUUCAAAAAUAAACCCCUAACAACUUUUUAAUAGUAACUAUCAUAUAAUAGAAUCAUAAGUUGUAGAAGUAGUAAGUAAAGUUAGUUAUUAUAGAUUUUUUUAUUAUUUUUUAUGAUAUUUUUUAUAAAAAUGAGGGGUUAAAAUUAUAAUUCAUAAGUCAUAACUAUAACAUAUACCCAACUAUGUUAAAUCAAACAUUUAGUGCAUUUUAUGUUUUAAUGCUAUUAAUAUUAUUACAAUAUUAUAUACUUAUAUUAUGUGAAUGAAUAAUAGUUUGCUUAUAUUUUAUUUUUUUAUAGUAUAGUUUAUAAUUAUUACUAGUUUAAUCACAAUAUAAUCUGUUUACAGCA